AUAGCAGCUGAGCUAUCAGCUGUUCCCACUCACCCAAUUCGGCACGCACUCACGUAGUAUUCGAAUCUAUAGACCUUUUUGUAAAAAUUCCCUUAAAAUUAAUUAGAUAUACAAACAAAUAUACCCGGAAAGAUGAGCGAAAUCAGUACCUCUGAAAAACUGGACUACGUGAAAUCCAAGAUUGGCAAAUAUCCAGACUUUCCAAAGGCAGGCAUAGUGUUCCGCGACAUUUUCGGAGCCCUCACCGAUGCCAAGGCCUGUGCUUAUCUGAGGGAUUUGCUGGUGGCACACAUCAGGCAAAGCUCUCCCGAGGCUGAGAUAAUUGUGGGCCUGGACUCUAGGGGCUUUCUCUUCAACCUACUAAUCGCCACCGAACUGGGAGUGGGAUGUGCCCCCAUUCGGAAGAAGGGCAAGCUGGCGGGCGAGGUGGUUUCCGUGGAAUACAAGCUGGAGUACGGUAGUGACACCUUUGAGAUUCAGCGUUCCGCAAUUCGACGACAGAAGGUGGUCAUUGUGGAUGAUCUCCUCGCCACCGGUGGUUCCCUGGUGGCUGCAUCCGAGCUAAUCCGCAAAGUGGGUGGCAUUAUCGUCGAGAGUCUGGUGGUUAUGGAGCUCGUAGACCUGGAGGGUCGCAAAAGACUGGAUGGAAAAGUGCAUUCCCUGAUACAGUACUGAGGGUUAAUCAAAGUGUGGCAAAAGGCCCUCGACAUUUGCAUUUACCUGUUACCUCUCAACGCAACUUUUCAUUUAGUGAAUUUGUAUACCAAAUGUAAAAUGUUAACAUUUUGUAAAUCAGAAAUUUAUUUU